GGAUGAGGAUUGUCAGAGAACGGCAGAGAAAGGACCCACAUGCGCAGUGCAUGCACAGCAGACGGGAGGUAUGAUUAAGGAAGCUGAAUCUGGUGCCUGAGAAGCAGCGGUUCAGAAGGAGAGACAUCGAUGGAUCAGACGUUUCUGUUAAUGAUCCUGAUGCUUCGGUUCACAGCCUCUGGACGACUUUCCUCCUUCACUGUCGCAGUCAGAGACGACGUGACUUUGUCUUGUGAAAACGCCAGCGCUGAUCAGGACCAAUGUCAGAACACGACGUGGCUCCUCCAGGAUCCAGGAAGCAGCAGGACAGACGCUGUGGUGGAACGUGGACGGACUGAAGCGUCCACAGCCCACAGACGGAGGCUGACGGAGAAGUGCUCUCUGCUCAUAGAGAAGGUCACAGUUCAGGAUGUGGGUCGUUACACGUGCACACGAGGAGCAGGAGCCUCUGAGGUUUAUCUGUCUGUUGUUCACAUGGAUGAGUAUGAAGCUGCUGAUGAGGUCUACGUCUACUGUUACGUGUCCACACACAAACACUGUGAGCCGUCAGUGAAGUGGCUUCAUCACAGUCAAGUGUUUACGAGUCACAGAGACGUGAAGGCGUCACACACUCUCUACUACGCUGUCGUGUCUCUUCUGGAUUCUCACCGUGUUCACGCAUCAGUCAUGAACUCGUUAACGUGUGAAGUCACUGAUUGUUUCACUAACGUUCAUCGGUUUCCAUUCAGACCUCCGGCCUCAGAUGAAAAUGUAACAUUCAAAGAGACAACAAUUGAAGACACAUCAAUUCAAAACACAACAUCAGCAUCAGACACAACAUUAGAAGAUAACGGUUGGUGGAGGAUCAUCAUCGUCUCUGUGGCCUUAACGACACUCAUAGUUAUUGUUGUUGUGGUCAACGUUUGGACCAGAACCAAAGGAAAUAAAAGAGUGAGAGAUGAAAACACAGUGAGUCAAUAAAGUUCUCUGUUUUACGUUACAGAGCAAAGCAGGAGCUUUAAUAUCUGGUACCUGAGUCUCAGUAGCUUCUCUACAUUAUUGGACAUUAUACACACACAUUAUUGAGGAUUGUUGUCAACUUGUCAGUGUGAAUCUCUGCAGCGCUGUUGUUUCCACAGCUUCAUGAUGAUGAAGAUGAAGGUGCAGUGAAUUAUGAAAACGUUGGAGUCUCGUCUGCUUCAGUCUGACUCCACUGAGCAACAACUUCAUCAACUCACCACAAACAAGUCGCUGCUGUUGUUAAAAGCUUUGUGUUCAACAAUUCAACAAAUGAAUGAAUUCAGUGUGUAACAACCUUCAUGUUGUGACUGAUGAUAAAAUGUUCUGUCAAUAAAAACACAUGAACUUUA